UAGCACGUGUCUAAGACAAGAACAAAUUAUUAAUGAUGAAUCAAAGUUCACCCAUAUUCUUUUCCCUAGCCAGUGAAUUUGGCCAUAGAACCGACGGUAGAACAUAGCCAGCUCUUUGAUGUUUUGAAGCUUAUUAUUUAUCCUACAUUCAGUUCAGGGCAUAAUAGGAUGGAUUUGGAAGAAGCAGAAGAUGAAGAGAGGGAUACUAUGAUUACUAGUACUAGUCAACACUGGUUUGAACCUAAUACCAAUAAUGGUAGCAAAGUGAACUAUGUGUUCAAGAAGGGACUCAAUAUGGGAAAGAAGAUAUUAGUUUUUGGUUUUGUAGCCACUUCUGUUCCUAUUGUUCUUCCAGGUUUUGUAGUUGCUUCUGCUAUUGGUCUUGUAGUUUCCAUGCCUUGUGCUUUGUUCUUAGUUAGCCAUAGUUGUACUCAGAAUUUAAUGAGUAAGUUGCUCCCUCAGCCUAGUCCUACUUAUCAAGGACAGGGUCCACUGCUACUUGAAGACGUGCGUUUCAAGCAAGAUAGUGAUAUUACAGAUUUGAAUGAAGAGGAUGAAGCAAAGAGAGACAAUGAAAUGGUUGAUGUUAGUGAGGAAAGUGUGAUAUUGGAUAAUGAUUAUGGGCAAAGGGCUGUGAACGAGGAGUUCGAGCCGGAAUUAUCACAUUCAAGUGAUGCCAACGAUGUCAUCCAGUACAAUGGUUCUGAGAAAGACAGCACUGAUUAUUUCUCUGAGGAGGAACCUUCACCACAUAAGCUUGAUGAUGAGAAGCCGAUGAGUGGAGGUACAAUUAUGGAAGGGUUUGAUGAAAGUGAAGAAUUUAAAGAACCCUUCGAGUUUGGUGUCACAAAUGUUGUUUUAGAGGAAUGUGGAGAUGAGGUGGAAGAGGGUGAUAUAGAGGAGGAAGCAAUGCAUAAAGAAACAAAAGGGCUAUUAGAAAAAAUUAGAGAUGAGGGUAGAAAUGAUAUGAGAGGAGAAUAUGCAAAAGGAGUUUCCAGUGGAACAAGUGAAAGCCAUCAAGAUAUUGGUUCAGUUGUUGAAAAUGUGGAAGCAGAACAGGAAGACAAACAUGAUUUGUGGACUGAAGGAGAAAUGAGGAGUCAAGAAGAUUCAAAAGUAUGCGAGGAUACAGUUCAAUCAAGAAAUGAUGAUGAUAAGGGUAAUGUUUGCAAUGAGGUAGAAUUAGGUGAAUCUGCAAGAGGUAAUUUAGAGUUAGAGGUUGAUGGCUCAAAUGAUUCACAGCAGCCGGUCACUGAAACUUCUGAACUGAUUGAUGGAAGAAGUUUUCGAGAUGAACCAAUUGGCGAUUUGAUGAUAGAAACACCGGUUCUCAAUAUAUUGGUAGCUGAGGACUUGUCUGAGGUUACCAAUGACAAAAUUGAUACAAAUGAAAAUGUGGAAGCAGGACAGGAAGACAAACAUGAUUUGUGGACUGAAGGAGAAAUGAGAAAUCAAGAAGAUUCAAAAGUAUGCGAGGAGACAGCUCAAUCAAGAAAUGAUGAUGAUAAUAAGGGAAGUGUAUUCAAUGAGGUAGAAUCAGGCGAACCUUCAAGAGGUAAUUUAGAGUUAGAGGUUGAUGGUUCAAAUGAUUCACAGAAGCCGGUCUCUGAAACUUCUGAACUGAUUGAUGGAAGAGGUUUUCAAGAUGAACCAAUUGGUGAUUUGCGGAUAGAAAUGCAGGUUAUUAAUAUAUUGUCAGCUGAGGACUCGCCUGAGGUUACUGAUGACAAAAUUCAUACAGAUGAAAAUGUUGAGGAGGAACUUGAGCCUAUUAUCCUGCAGAAAGGGGAGUUGGAUGAUAUUUCUGACCUUGUGAAUCAAGAAAUGCAGUUGCAUGGAUAUAAUAAAAUAAUGGACUCAUUAGAUGCAGAUGCUACAGAAAUUGCUGAUGAAAGUGAGCUUCAUUUGUGUGACGAAAACAGAAUAGAUCCUGGCGCGUACUCAUAUACAAUUGAUUUGCAAGAAGAAUCUUCAAGUGUUACGGUUGACAUGCAUACAGAUUCAAUGGAGGUUCUUGUUUCGUCUAUAGAACUGGAGUCCAGGUCUUCUGAAUGUUCCGCUGAAAAAAACAUUGUUUGCCCUUCUGAAGAGGUUUCAUUCAAUGAGGAGAACAUAUGGAAACAGAUUCAUGUCAUCCGUACGAUAAUAGGAUAUGAAGGUACAAUCCAAGCAUCAUGUGCGGAUGAAUUGAAGGCUCUCUACAUCUUCACCGGAGUUGAACCCCCUACUUUUGUCAAGGAGAACCCCUUCGAUCUUGUCGAAAUCAAUGAAAAGCUCCACUUUCUCAUGUCCAUAGUCGGAGUCAAGACAACAAAUGGGCCUUAGAGUGCUAGUAUGUUACACAUCCUUAUAUUGUUUUCUGAUUUCUAUAAGCUUCAUUUUGCGUUUUCUUUUUAAAUAUGUUUCUGAAGGUUUCUUUAUGUUCAGAAAUUAAUGCAAGUGGAAGAGUGUAUGUUGGACUAUGCUUUUCAUUUUUAUUCAUGCUUCAAUGUUGACCAUGUUUGGAGAAAUAAAAUUCAAGUACACUUUGGAAAA